GCCUCUCCCCUCCCCCACGCCCGCGGCGGCGGCGGCGGCGGCGGCGGCUGGAGCCCGGAUGCGGCGCGGUGAGACAGCCCCGGGAGAGCGGCGCGGAUGGAUCCAACAUGGCGGCGCCGAGUCUGAGCCGAGAGAAGAGACCUGGGAAAUUAAGUUUCUUGCCGAGUAUAGUGGGGAUUGCAGCUGCUGAGCAGGGAUUCUGGAAAGCAUUGCGUACCUGAGCCCCCAGCAUGGCGGGCCUAAAGCGGCGGGCAAGCCAGGUGUGGCCAGAAGAGCAUGGUGAGCAGGAGCAUGGGCUGUAUAGCCUGCACCGCAUGUUUGACAUCGUGGGCACCCACCUGACACACAGAGAUGUGCGUGUUCUUUCCUUCCUCUUUGUUGACGUCAUUGAUGACCACGAGCGUGGCCUCAUCCGAAAUGGACGUGACUUCUUAUUGGCACUGGAGCGCCAGGGCCGCUGUGAUGAGAGUAACUUCCGCCAGGUGCUGCAGCUGCUGCGCAUCAUCACUCGCCAUGACCUGCUUCCCUACGUCACCCUCAAGAGGAGACGGGCUGUGUGCCCUGAUCUUGUAGACAAGUAUCUGGAGGAGACAUCAAUUCGCUAUGUGACCCCCAGAGCCCUCAGCGAUCCAGAACCGAGGCCUCCCCAACCCCCUAAAACAGUGCCUCCCCACUAUCCUGUGGUGUGCUGCCCCACUUCAGGCCCUCAGAUGUGUAGCAAGCGGCCAGCUCGAGGGAGAGCCACACUUGGGAGCCAGCGAAAACGCCGGAAGUCAGUGACACCAGAUCCCAAGGAAAAGCAGACAUGUGACAUCAGACUGCGGGUUCGAGCUGAAUACUGCCAGCACGAGACUGCUCUGCAGGGCAAUGUCUUCUCUAACAAGCAGGACCCACUUGAGCGCCAGUUUGAGCGCUUUAACCAGGCCAACACCAUCCUCAAGUCCCGGGACCUGGGCUCCAUCAUCUGUGAUAUCAAGUUCUCUGAGCUCACCUACCUCGAUGCAUUCUGGCGCGACUACAUCAAUGGCUCAUUACUAGAGGCACUUAAAGGUGUCUUUAUCACAGACUCCCUCAAGCAGGCUGUGGGCCAUGAAGCCAUUAAGCUGCUGGUGAAUGUGGAUGAGGAGGACUAUGAGCUGGGCCGACAGAAACUCCUGAGGAACUUGAUGCUGCAAGCAUUGCCCUGACCUUUUCCCCCUUCUCACUUCUCUGGGGGACUGUUCCCACCACCCACCUCUGGAGCUUACAUACUGUUCUGGGGUUUGUUCUCUACCCUUUCAACCAAUCACACCCCUGCCUUUUUUUUUUUUUUUAAAGGAAAAGACAAAGGAAAAUGGAAGUGGUGUUCCCCACCCCUCCCUGCACCCAUGUGCCUGGGCUUCCCCUUUGUUCCCCUUUUCCACUUAUCCCCCUAAUGUAUGUCUCUACAGCCACCUUGCCACUGAGCCGUAAGACAAAUGUAUAGAGAGAAGCAAAGUCUAUAGAACAUAGUCUUUGUAAGGGAUUGAAGUGAACACUGCUUUUGGGUGCAUUGAGGGGUUAUCAGUACUUCUGGCUUUAUGGGGGCUCUUAAAUUUUGUCUGAAAAACCAAAGGGCUGUGAGUAAGGGAGCUAUGUGGAAGGUGGGACUCUGAAGUGUAUUUUGGAAAUUAAUCACCACCCUCUCCCAAAUUAUAGAAUUUUUAAAAAACAAAGAAGCUGUGGCCCUUUCCACUCUCCUGGCCUCUGGUGCUGCUCCUCUCUGCCUUGUUUCCUCCAUUCCAUGGCUUGAAACCUCUGCCUGGUGUGGUUCCUUUUCUUCCUUUGUCAAACCCUCUUCAAGGGAGUAAUAGGUAAGAGGACUAGGUCAGCCUAGUCACCUCUCCCAACUGUGGUGUGUGUGUGUACACACAUACACAGGGUGGAUGGAGAAGUUGUUGCUAAUUAAAAUACACUCCCCCUAAAAAGGGGAAGGGGGAGUGUGACACUUUCCUUCCAUGUUCAAGUGAAAAUAAAUAAUGUACCCUGCAGCCCUUUUCCCCUUUGCUUUCUUAUGACUUGGGCAAAGGGCAUCAUAGGUGAAAGUGAAGUAAUUCAAUAUCAACUCCUUUCUUCUUUUUCCUUCCCCAUCCUCUACCCCCAAUCCCACUCCCAAGCUUGGGAGCAUGGGGCUGGGACAUGCACUGAGUGUUGCACUUUUAUUUAGGUGGGGAGGCAUGUUGAGUGAGCCAGGAAGCCUAGAACUGGAGCCCAGUCCAGCUGGUACAAUACCACCUCCCUUUCAGCUCCCAGAGGAGAUGUCCAGACACAGACUUUAUGAUUAUAUUUUUUUCAAUGCCAGUGCUGCUCAGCCCUCAGCGUAACUUCAGUUUUCAUGAAAUAAACAGUGACUACAUAAAA